AUGAAGACGAAGCGUAGUGAUCUGAGAUUAUCUCGCAAAGUAAACCCCAGGAAAUCGAUUUCCUCCGCAACUAAACCACAAAAGCGCCCCCACAAUGUCAGACCUCUUGCUCGUGGUUCACGUCAGACCGGUCUUCGCGACCCGGGCUCCAGCAUUCGCUCUAAACGAACUCCAAAGCCUGUCGACUUGAAACGGGUCGCACGGUCAACACGUGACCCAGCACCGAUUACUCCGGUGGUCUCUGAGAGCUCUGGAGUUAGCCCCGAAAAUAGGAGAAGACGGAUCAACACUUCCGAGUAUAUUAAGAAACGUUUCCUGUACGACACUGCGGAUUCAUCAAAAAAGACGCGUAAUAAACGGCGUUCUGUCGUCCUUACACAUUCUUCCGUGACAGAAUCUCAUUCGCCGACAGUGAAAUUGCGGAAAUUACACAGAGUUACGGACGGUGAUGUUACUGGCCCACCUGUAUUUUCUCAAGGCAAGCGUGGCCGACGAAAAAAGUUCAACCUAGAGCAUGUUACUCUGACGGAGAGUGUUUCUAGCUUAACGGCAGCAUCAUAUGAGGGAGCUCCACUUCGUAUACAUAGGAGUAAAUCUCGGAAGGACAGUCAUUCCAGACAACGAUCUACACUGUCUGACAACCGAUCUACCUGGGAAUUGCCAGACGUCCAUGAAUUUUCUGAAAGCACAGCGCCGGAGGAUGAUCAGUCUGGUCAUCAAAGUCACUUCUGUCUUAGUAAGAGUCCAGCUGUUGCUCUAGAUGAGCUGCAUGCACAAUCGGAUGUCCGCAGCCAAGACCAACUAGGUGGUUUUCGUCCGGGAUCACAAUCUAAGAAGCACUCUGAUGGAAGCCGCCACUUAUUCAGUACGGACGGACAGAAAAGAACUAAUAUUCUCGACUCCCACUCCUUCUUUUCUGUUGGGAGCUUAUCGCCGGUAUCCGAUACACAUGCAGACAGUCUACAACAUUUCGGUGCCGAUGAAAAUUCUGAGCGUUACAGGCACACCAGAUACCAUGCAAACUUGGACACUGAAGACGAUGACUACCUGCACUCUCCGUUGUCUCACGAUUUAUCUGAGGAACGGAGUCAACCACCAAAUGAAGAUGUAGAGGAGGAAGAUCUUCUAGCUCCAGAACUGUCGAUUUUGACCGGAGCAGAUCCUGUUGCGGGUGCGGAUGGAGUUGUUUUAUCCGAUACGCAUACAUUACUGGCUAAUGUUUUACAGCCGUCUAGUGGUAGUCGGCGAAAGUCACCAGUUCGCCCUAUGCAGGUGAUCCGCACAAAGUCAUCUACCUCAGUUCCUCCGAUGUCAACGUUCGGAAGUAAUCCCGAUACCAGUUCCAAUACUAAAAUAGUCGCUUCCUACCCACCGUAUCAACAAUCUCCGCAUUCCAGCUCCUUAUUCACUCCAUCGUCAACUUAUGAUCGCAGACUAUCCAGUGAAGAUUCAAGUCGGGCCGACGGUAUUUUGCCUGUUAUUUAUCGUCAGAAGGCUCUAAUUGAAAGUUCUCAGACUUUGGUUGAUACUUCGUCCGGAUUGAAGUCUGCCUCCAUUCUGCGGAUGCCCAGUAACCUUGGAACAACGUCAAUCAAAAUCCGACCAAUCCGAGAUCGGGUUCCCCAUGAUGACAAAGAUACUCAGAAUACACCAGCACCUCGGGCGUUCGUGAACAGUUCUCCCCGACCGAGCACAACCGUUUCUGCCAAACCGGUCCUUCAGCACUCUGCUCACCCCUCUUCUACUGGCCGACGUCGACCUACUAUUUUGAAGCGAGGCUCAAAUUCCUCUGGCGGGGUUGGAGGACCUCCCUUUUCUGGGCAACCCCAAAUAGGUUCUGAAUUGGGAACUGAGGUUAGCCACACCCCAGUCGCACGAACUAUUAACCCCUUCACCUCUGGAUCUGUUCACUCGCAUAGAGCUACCUCUUUGAUACAGAGCUCCUCCGCUAGGAGUGUUGCGGCAGCCACAUCAACCGAAACGGGACCGACAAAACUGCUUCAGUUAGUGACAGCCUCCUCGUUGGUGACACCUGUUAGCCCUGCUCCCCUAACAGCUAGCGAUAAACUGUUUGGUCGUCGACAUGGGGCCUAUAGCACCAAUCCCCUCUCAUCUACCGCGCUUAUUUCCACUUCCCUAUCUCAGCAUACAGACGCUGAUGAUACUCGAACCAGUACUGCUGCUCCGUUGACUCCCCCUCCUUACCGAUACGCUGUUCUUCGCGGCUGUCCUGGAGGGAAACGGUAUUUGGUUCUUGGAAGCUCUGGAGUCUUCGACAGAUCGCCCGUAGUUCCUUCAGCCUUACCAACAAGUCCCAAACCGGCGGUUGCUGAGUGUGCAGAAGAAAAAUCGACUGAUGCACAAGAUUCCUGUCAGACACCUUCACCAGAUGCAGAGGACAAUUCGGAAGACCAUGGUCUGUUCGAUCCCCAGUCAGUUCGUUCUAUCGAGUCGGAGCUGACACAAGCUACUGAAAUUCAUAUCCAGUCAACUUUUGGGGCAAUCACGCAUCCAGUCCCCAGUCCGAUUGUCACUUCAGUGGUUGCCACCUGAUCGUUCGGAGUCCUGUUAUCCCAAUGCUUUGGACUGCAGUAUUGCCUGGGAAACUUUGUCAAUAGUGUCGUUUCUACACCUCCUCAUGCAUAUGUUUGCUUGCUGUUGUCCUAUUUUUGUAAAUGAUUUCACUUCGUUUUUUGCCAUUGGUCCGCUGCCGUCUCGUCUGGAGACAUUCAUAUCAACACACAUCCUAUAGUGGAUCGUGAGUCAUCGAUUUUCAUGAACAUGCCAAGGCCUAUUUCCACCUGAACUUGUACUCUUUCUCGACUGUCCUGCUCUUUCGUGUAGAAGACUUGUUUUGAUGCAGCAAUGGUUGCACUGUGUUUCUCGUUUCGUCGACUUUUCUACCAAUCACUCCAACUCUUUUGUGGUAAGACUGUCUCAUAAAGCCACACUAUAGUAUAUCUUGU